CGCUCAAGCUCUUGCCUCCCGAUCUUCAUAAUGUCUGUCACGACUAUCUUUCGACCGUACUGUAUAUUUGACGAAAUAUCUCCAGGCCACCUAAAGGAUCCAAGGGGAAGAAAGUCGGUGCAGCCAGCAAUGCCGACUCUGGGGCAUCAACCCCGCAAGCGCCGACUCUGAGUGAGAAACUGUCCUACACAAACGCUCCCCGGCCAUUCAAGAAUCCCGCAUACAACAAAAACGUGAAUAGAAGAGCCAAGAACGUGAAGAAUGUCCUCGCGCAGGAGCGGGAACGAGAACGACAAGAACGCGAACGGCGACGACAAUUGAAGGAGGAGAAGAUGGACGUAGAUGGAGAAACCGCACAACAGCAAGUUGAUGUGCUCGAGGAGGACCUUCCUUCCUAUCUUUCCAUCGAGGCUCCUCCUUCUCUAUUACCACAGAAACACUACUGUGAUAUUACUGGACUUGAGGCACCAUACACCGACCCAGCAACAGGUCUGCGAUACCACGAUAGAAGCGUAUAUGACUUGAUCAAGGGCUUGAGCGCAAGUGCUGCGAAGGAAUAUUUAGCUACGCGUGGCGUUAACCCCAUCGUCAAAUGACGGUCUAUCGUUUUCUGGGAUAUCAUUCCAUGACAGUACUUUCUGAUAGGGUUUUGUCUAUGGUCGAUGCUUUGUGGUAAAAUCUAACCACUGACUGGCUGAUGGCCCG